AUGAUUGAUACCGUCAUAUCGGCCGAAAUUCCAGAUCAAACCAUCGACCCAGGAUUAUUCGAAGUUGUCACGAAAAAUAUGAUUCACGGUCCCUGUGGUGAUAUUAAUCGAAAUUCACUUUGUAUGAUUGAUGGUAAAUGUUCGAAACGUUUUCCAAAGCAAUUGAUUGCUGAAACAAUUGCAGGAGAUGAUGGAUAUCCACAGUAUCGUCGACGAUCAACUGAAGACAACGGUAAAUCAACUGUAAUUAAAAUUAAAAAUCAAGAUGUUGAAAUCGAUAACCGCAGCGAUAUGGCUGUUUUUGGAGUGGCUCCUGAGAAUAAUCAUGACGAAAUUUUGCAGUACCAAAUGGGGCGCUAUAUUAGUACGAAUGGAGCUGUAUGGCGUAUUUUAUCGUUUCCAAUUCAUGACAGACAUCCGGUUGUUGUACAUUUGGCAGUUCAUCUUGAAAACGGCCAACGUGUUUACUACACUGCUGCAAAUGCCGAACAAAGAGUAGUAGAGCCACCAGUAACUACACUGACAGCUUAUUUCCAGUUAUGUGAAACUGAUGAAUUUUCCAGGACUUUGCUAUAUUCGGAAGUGCCUCACUAUUUCACAUGGAAUGCAUCAACAAAAAAAUUUCAACGUCGCAAACAAGGCACACCUGUUGAUGGUUAUCCAGGUAUUUUUCGAACAGAUGCUUUGGGACGCAUUUAUACAGUUAGUCCAGCUAAUGUUGAAUGUUUUUACUUGCGACUUUCGUUGGUGAACGUGCAUGGACCUCAAUCAUUCCAACACUUACGAACUGUUAAUGGUCAAUUGUGCGAAACAUAUCGUGAAGCAUGCCAACACUUGCAUUUGGUGGAAGAUGAUACGCAUUGGAAUGCUACGCUUCGUGAUGCAUCAAUUGUUUCUCCACCAAUUCAAAUUCGUAUGUUAUUUGCGAUCAUAAUAUCAACAUGUUUUCAAUCAAAUCCACUGGAAUUGUGGAAUAAAUAA